GGGCAAUGUAGGGGGAGCGUGCGAUAGAGCGAGCGCAGAGUACGAACACGUAAUACUACUAUCAAAGGGGUUUACGGAAUUUAAAUUAAAUAAAUAAACAUAUCUGGAAGAAAAAAAGACUCUACAACAAAACUGAGGGAUGGACUUCCCUGUGGAUGUCCUGGGUUCCACAACCCAGGAAGAUCUGCAGCGCUCAGCAGAGGCCUACAUGUCUAAUCUUCUCUACAGCAACCCAGACCGACCGGAGCAUUUCACACUGCCCAACUCAAAACAGAUUCCGCUCAGCGUAUCCACAGCAGGGUUUGUCCCGAUUUACGGAGCUGACCUCAAUCAGAAGGUUCUGGCUCUCUUUUCUCCUGAAGACCAAUCCACAGCUGUAGCGCUGCACCUGGCAGACCGCUGGUGGGCUGUGGAGGACAUCCUCAAAACCUCAGACCCCGCUAGAGAGGGUCUGCAGAAGGUGAGCACACUCGGGGAGAGGAUUGUGCUGUAUGUUCUCAACCGCAUAGUGUACAGAGCCAAGGAAAUGGAAAUAAAUGAAGUACCUUUUCUUUGUCACAGUGAAAAUGAUUUUGCUAAAGUCCUCUGGAAAGAUGGAGAGGCUAUUGGAUUUUACUCAGUCAAACCUGAAGGCAGCUUGUUUGAAAGCUACUUGACACCGCAGUGCUAUCAGCUUCCUGUCAUGGAUUCCCUGUUUGUACGGAAGGCCCAGCGUGGUCACGGAUAUGGCCUUCGGAUUCUGGAAGACUUUGUAGAUUGUUUCAAAGAGGAAGCUCUUGGUUUGAAAUACCCUCUCACACCAGCCAUGUACAGAGUGUGUGAACAGUAUCUGACAACGUACCCUGCAGACACGGGGCUGCUGUGGGAAGUUCAGAGUGUAGGACACCCCUUUCAGAGGUCUCAAAUAGCCAACAAGAUCAAAACAAUGACGUUCAGAGGUAAGGCAACCCGAUUCAGGCAUGGAAAUACAGCUUGUGGGCAUCCUUUUAAAAAAACCAUUCAAGGAACUGUGACAAAAUCUAUUGAGAUCACGGAAGAAGUGGUGAUCAUAAAUAAGCAUAUCAGAGCAGCAGAAGCCAUGGAAGACACUCCUGUGUCAACAUGUACAAGGAGCGGGGAGAUCAGGCGCAAGAGAAUAAGAGAAGAAACCAUAGAAGUUACUGAAGAACGCCUGCCCGAAAAAAUGCACAGGGUGGAGGAAACCCAAGCUGUGGUGGAAGGCCCUGCUGCAGAGUUGGUAGCCGGUGAGCCAGGGGAGGAGAAGACAGAGGAAGGAGGCCUCAAUGAGGAGGUGCUGGAGGAGGCUGUAGCCCCACAGGAAGAGGCAAGAGAGGAGGAGGAGGAGGUCCUGGAAGCUGAGCCUCAAAAUAUAGAGGCAGAGCCCAUGGAUAGUACUGUGAUUCCCGAGGAAGAGUCCGAGGGGGGAGCAGCCAGCCAGGGGCCAGCAGCUGUGCAGGAAUAUGACGUUCAUAUGGAGGACAUUCAGAUGGACAAUGAGGUACAGGAUACUGAACAUACGGUUCCUGAAGAAGUGGACUCUGCAGAGCAGGAGGUCUCUCCAGAAGGGGAGUGUCCCCUUGUAGAAGCCGCGGUGCCAUUGGAGGAGGCUCACUCACCCGAACCCACAGCAGUUCCUUCAAAUUUAAUGGCAGAUGAAAAGGAAGGGAAUGAUGAAGAACAGAGCCUUGAAUUGGAGAAGAUAGAAGCUCAAAACAAAUCCAACCCACCGAGAGAUGAUGUGCAGGAAGACACAGUUGAGGAAGAGACAGAAGAGACCCAGAUCCCCAAGGACUUCUGCCAAAAUGCUGUUCUCCUACUUGAUGUAAAGGAGGUCUCCUAUAAAGUGUCUGAGAAAAGUGGAAAUGACCGAAUAGUAGAGGUAGAGAAGAAGCUACAAAAGGAGGGUAGUGAAGAUAAAGUGGAGAAAAUACUGGAGCAGAAGGAAGUGGAGACAGAAGUGCAAGAUAAGGAGGAAGUGACUGCUGAGGAAUCUCCACAAGUGGGCAAGGCUGUUGUUCAGCGGAAGACAGAAGUCACAGCCGUGUCUACACGUAGAUCCAAACGACUCAGCAAACGACAACAGAAGGAGGGCGACAUUGAAGAAAAAUCAACAGAGGAAGAAGAUGAGAAAGAGGAGGGUGGGAUGGAUGAUAAUGAAAAGACCGAGGUGGAAGAAAAAGGUGGAGGAACAGCAGAGAAAACUCUGUCUCCAGUUGUAGUUUUGAUAAAUAGAACGAAAACACCUGUCAAAAAAGCAACAUUACGUAGAUCCAAACGAUUUAGCAAACGAAAACUGAAAGAGGGAGAACAAGAUGAAAAGAUAGAAGACCAGGAUAAUGAGGACAAGGAGACAGAGCAGGAAGAGAAAGGUAGACAUACAACAGAAAAACGCCAGUCUCGAGUAGUAGAAAGUAUAGUUUUGAGAAACAGAACAAUAACUCCUGGCAAAAAAGCAACUGUACGUAAGUCCAAACGACUUAGCAAACAACAACAGAAAGAAGAGGGAGAACAGGUGGAUGAGGAUGAAGAGGGAGAAACAACAGAACAAGACAAGUCUCCAGUUGUGGAAAGUAGAGUUUUAAGAAACAGAACGACACCUGCCAAAAAAACAACAGUACGUAAGUCCAAACGACUUAGCAAACAACAACAGAAGGAGAACGAGACAGAAAAAGAACCUGUAGAGGAGCCAGAAGAAGAAGAUGAAAUGGUACAGGAGGAUGGGAUGGAUGAUGAUGAAAAGAUGGAGGAGGGAAAAACAGAUGAGCCUCAGCUAAAAGGGAGAGUUCUGAGAAACAAGAUUAUGACUGUCACAUCUGUGCAGGAGGACAAAGCCAAUGAGCAGAGGGAGGAAACUGUAGUGAUAGAGGAGGAAGAGGCAAAAGUAGAUGAGAAUAAAGAAGUUGAGGAAGAGGAAAAGGUUGGGGAGAGGGAGGAAGAAGCUGAAGAAAAUGCUGGGGAAAUAAAUGAAGUAGAGGAAGAAAAUGUAGUAGAAGAGAAGAUGGAGGAUGAGAGUGAAAAUGUGGGAGAGGAAAAUGUAGAGGACAAGGAGGAUGUGGUUCAAACAUUAACAGAGGAGGAGGAAAAGGUGGUAGAAGAGAAUAUGGAGGAUGAUAGUGAAAAGGCGAUGGAAGAGAAGAUGGAGGAUGAUAGUGAAAAGGUGGUAGAGGAAAAUGUAAAUGAUGAGAAUGAAAAGGUGGUAGAGGAAACUGUAGAGGAUAAUAAUGAAAAGGUGGCGGAAGAGGAAAAUGUGGAGGAUGAAGAGGGAGGAAAGGAGGAAGAGAUGGAAGAGGAUGAAGAAGAGACAACGGAAAAAGACCAGUCUCCAGUAGUGGAAAGUAGAGUUUUGAGAAACAUAACAAAAACAUCUGUCAAAAAAACAACUGUACGAAGAUCCAAACGACUUAGCAAACGACAGCAGAAAGAAGAGGCAGAAAAAGAAGAAAAGGUAGAAGAAGACCAGGAGGAUCAGGAUGAAGAGACAGAGCAGGAAGGGAAUGGUAGCGAAAAAACAGGAAACAGAACAAAAACACCUGCCAAAACACCUGUCAAAAAAACAACAGUACGUAGAUCCAAACGCCUUAGCAAACAAAAACAGAAGGAUGAAACAGAACAAAAGCCUGUAGAUGAGCCAGACGAAGAUGGAAAUGUAGAUGAGGAUGAUGUAGAUGAUGAAAGGAUUGAGAGGGAAGAGGAGGAGGGAAAAACAGAUGAGCCUCAGCUAAAAGGGAGAGUUCUGAGAAACAAGAUUGUGACUGUCACAUCUGUGCAGGAGGACACAGCUGAUGAGCAGAGGGAGGAAACUAUAGUGAUAGAGGAGGAAGAGGCAAGAGUAGAUGAGAAUAAAGAAGUUGAGAGGGAGGAAGAAGCUGAAGGAAAUGCUGGGGAAAUAAAUGAGGUAGAGGAAGAAAAUGUAGAAGAGAAGAUGGAGGAUGAGAGUGAAAAGGUGGUGGAAGAGAAGAUGGGGGAUGAGAGUGAAAAGGUGGUGGAAGAGAAGAUGGAGGAUGAGAGUGAAAAGGUGGUGGAGGAAAAUGUAGAGGACAAGGUGGAUGAGGUUCUAACAUUAACAGAGGAAGAGGAAAGGGUGAUAGAAGAGGAAAAUAUGGAGGAUGAGGGUGAAAAGGUGAUGGAAGAGAAGAUGGAGGUUGAGAAUGAGAAGGUAGGAGAGGAAAAUAUAGAGGAUAGGGUGAAUGAGGUUCAAACAUUACCAGAGGAGGAGGGAAAGGUGGCAGAAGAGGAAAAUGUAGAGGAUGAGAAUGAAAAGGUGGUAGAAGAGGAACAGGUAGUAGAUGAGAGUAAAAAGGUGGUAGAUGAGGAGAAUGUGGAGGACAUUGAGGAGGGGGGAAAGGCAGAGACACUCGGUAAGGACCUGGAUCAAGAUGAGUCACCAGUGGCGCAAACAAGAGUUCUAAGGAGAAAGACUAAAACAGUCACAGUGACACCUAAGCGAAGAUAUACACGACUCAACAAGAAGGAGAAGAGUGAGCAAGAAUCAGCUGAGGGUGAAAAGGUAGAAGAAAAGGGGGGAGAAAGCAUGGUGGCAGAGGAGGAAAAGGUUAUGGAGGAGGAAGAAAAAGUAGUGGAGGAUGUGGUUGAAAAUAUGAAUGAAAGGGGGGGAGAGGUGGAAGCAGUGGUAGUAGUGGAAAGAGAAGGGGAGAAGGAGGCAAGUGGAGGGGAUGAUAAAGAGAUGGAGAAGGAUACAGAGGAAAUAGUGGAUGAAGGCAAUAUUGGGGAGGAGGAAAAAUCAAAAGAAAGAAUUGAUAUUGAGGAAUGCAAAAAUAUUGUACAAGAGAAGAGUGUAGAGGAAAAGACUGAUGACAUUUCUGAAGGACAUAAUGAGGAAAAGAACACAGAUGUGACUACUGAGGAAGAAGCAGAUGUUGGAGGACCAUCCAAGAGUUUGGAUGAGGAAGACGAGCCUGAGUUGAUAAAGGGGAAAGAGCAAGAGGGAAAAGAAGAAGAUGGUACAGUGGAAAAUGAAGGGGGGAAAGAGGAAGGAAGCUCAGAAGAAAAAGAAGAAACUACUGUAGAGAAACAAGACAUAGCAGAGGAGGGGGGAGGGGAGGAGUUGGUUGAAGAAAAUGAGGGAGAGAAGGAUAACAAUGCCACACCAAGUGAAGAAAGAGAAUCAGCAGAAAAGAGCUCAGUGGCAGCAGAUGAGUCUUCGGUUGUUGAAAUUCGAGUUCUGAGAAGAAGAACCAAAGUAGUCGUGGAAACCCCUAAACGUACAUCAAGGAGAUUCAGCAAACAAUCACCGAAAGAGAAUAAAAAGAGCCAAUCAGCAGUGGAGUCAGAGGAAGAGAUAGAGGUGAAAGAUAAAAAUAUGGAAGAUGAGGAGAUGGACGUAGAUGCUGUACAAGAGAGCUCAACAAGAGUCCUCCGGAAGAGAACUAAAAUAAUCCCAGUAACACCAAAACGCAAAUAUACACGCAAUAAAACACAGAAAGAGGACAAGAACGACCAGGAAUCAGCUGAGGAAACAGAGAAAAAUGUAGGGAAGGAGGAGGUAGAAAAUGUGGUGGAGAAGAAAAGCAUUACAGAGGAGGAAGAGGAGCAGAGUGAGGUGCAGGAGGUGAUGGAGGAAGAGGGGGAAACACCAAAGGCAGGGGAAGAGGAGCUGGCAAUAGAGGCAGGGAAAGAAACCUCUGAGGAAGAGGGGGGAAAGAUAGCAGAGGAGACAGCAGAUAAAGAAGUGGUAGAUGUGGAGGGAAAGGUGGUAGAGGAGGGAGAGAAGACAGAGGUAGCAGAGGAAACUGAAGCAGUAGAGAUGAAGGAAGGGGAACAGACAGAGGAGGCUGCGGUUGUGGAAAAGGGAGAGGAGGAAGAGAAGCAAGUGAUAGAAGAAGAAGCCACAGCAGAGUCAGGGGAGGGUGCAACUGUGGAUAAGGGAGUGGAGGAGAAAGCGAUAGAAGAGGAGGAAGCCACAGUAGAGCCAGGGGAGGGUGCAGCUGUGGAUAAGGUAGAGGAGGAGAAAGCGAUAGAAGAGGAGGAAGCCACAGUAGAGCCAGGGGAGGGUGCAGCUGUGGAUAAGGUAGAGGAGGAGAAAGCGAUAGAAGAGGAGGAAGCCACAGUAGAGCCAGGGGAGGGUGCAGCUGUGGAUAAGGUAGAGGAGGAGAAAGCGAUAGAAGAGGAGGAAGCCACGGCAGAUUCAGGGGAGGGUGCAGCUGUGGAUAAGGUAGAGGAGGAGAAAGCGAUAGAAGAGGAGGAAGCCACAGCAGAGUCAGGGGAGGGUGCAGCUGUGGAUAAGGUAGAGGAGGAGAAAGCGAUAGAAGAGGAGGAAGCCACGGCAGAUUCAGGGGAGGCUGAGGAAGAAAUGCCCACAGAAGGGGAGGAGGCUGGAGAUAGAGGAGAGGGGGCUGAGACUGAAGAGCAGGAAGACAAUAUGGAACCCGUGGGAGAAAACAGCAAAAAGGCUGAUGGAACAGAAGAGGAGGAAGAGAAGGAAGAAAGGGAUGAAGAGUCCAAAAUGGAGAAAGAUGCAGAAGCAGAGACCACCGCUGGAGAGGACAGCCAGGCUCUGCUGCUGCUCCCGAGCUCGGACGAGGCAGACGAAGUGGGCGAGUCUCCAGUGCUGCAGAGAAGAGCUCCAAAGAGAAAAGCCAGCGCAAGCGCGGCCGUGCAGAGGCGUCGAUCCAAGCGGCUCAGCAAGCAGCAACACAAAGGGGCCGAAGAUGACCAAACAGAGUCAGAGGAAGAGGAGACUCAAGAAAGCGAAGAGGAGGAAGAGAAGGGUUCUGGGUCCUCUGAGGAGGCGGUGUCGGAGGGGCCUGCGAGAAAAAAAUAUCCAAAAAGAAAUAGAAAACCCGUUUACAUGACACCUCAACGCAGAUCCACGCGCCGCAGCCGAACCUAAGCAUGUGGUAACUGGAAGUCAGGAAUUUGUAAAGGAAAGGGAUUUGAAUUUGGGUAGGGCAUUAAUUUUUUCAUUGUCUAUUUGUAAGAUUUCCAAAAAAAUAUAUGUAUUUUAUAAUAUAAAAUUGAGCUCAAAGUUCAAUUCCCAGAAAACCAUGAAUACCAGCAGCAAACCCUCCAAGAAGCACUCAAACUAUCUCAGCAGAAUAUGUGUAAUAUGGUCUGUAGUAAGGUUCAGAAUUCUGAUAAAUGUAGAGUGUGCAGGAUGAUAUAAUGACCAUUUAUAGGUACCUACCCUAAAGUUUAACAUCUGUAAAUCAUAUUUGUUAAAAUACACACACAUAUUCACACAAACAUAACAAUGUUGAAACAUAUGUUCUGAUAUUUGAUAUUUGUUCUGAUAUUAAGCGAAAUGAGAAAGUAGAAAGUAAGCAGACACAAUCUGUUGGUAAAAUGCAUACUGUACUAUAACGGGCAGUUUCAUAUAAAAACAGAAAUGUGAGGAUUGCAGUCCCCAGUGAAGUAUAUUCAGUGGUGAUGGAAUUAGGUCCUGCUGUGUCUCUAAUAACUCCAAAAAGAGCAGAAUAGUUGUUUUGUUGUCUUCUAGCAUUUGUUCUAGCAGAACAGGAAACUACAGACCACAUAGCCUAUAUUAAUGCCUUCCACUCAAAUUGGUUGCACUCAAAGUGUACUGUUUGGUGAAUGACAUUCUGAAGUGUACAAACUAAUAUUCAGAACUAUUGAAAUGUAGAGUCAUUAUUUAUGUAAAAAUAAAUAAUGUUUCAAAGAAAUGUGAAAAUAUAGCAGAAUAUUCAUUGUAAUUUUUUAAAAUAAAUGUUAUAUGUUCAAUGGCAAAGACUGAAAAUGUUCAGUCUUUCUGAAGUGUGAAGUUCUGCAUUAAAAUCAGCAACAUUUUUUGUUUUAAGCUUCUUAGUGAGUAUUCAGCAAAAGGAUGACUUUUAGUGUCAUAAUUUUAAUUGUAAAAAUAAGAAUUAAGUGUGUGACUGUUUAAGAUGACAAGUGCUGUCCUGUUCAUGGUUUUUGGUGUGAGUAGAACAAUGUUCUGCACAGCUGUAGGAUAGCAACCUCUGGUGUUUUAGCGCAUAUGAACACUCAUAUGAACACUCCUCAAAUGGGUUGCAUUUACUCAUGGAAUAGUUAACAACAAUCAUGCAUAGCAGGAAAAUAUAAUCUUGAUGCAAAAUACAAAGCCAUGCAAAAAUCUGAGAUGACCAACUUAAAAUUGAGAUAGAAAGGUUUGAUCAUGUUUGUGAAGCAAAGGCAAAUUAUGAAUAUUAUGCUUGCACUUAGACAGUAUUUUCUUUUUUAUAUGUCAGCUCUUAGUAGUAUUCAAGUGUUUUUUUUGUAUUUGCUAUAACUCUUAGCUCAGAAGAGAAACUUCUUCCUAAUUGAAGUAGAUUAGUUAACCAAAUCACCCAUAUAGGAUAUCUAUGCUACCAUUCAAAUAAUUCAUUAUCCUGUCUUUCCCAGGGGGCCCUUUCAUAAAAUGAGGAAGAUAUUCAAUUAUAAAUAUUUGAUACUGUAUAAUUGUUUAAUCUACCAAAACAAUAAACAAUUAAAAUGCUAAAUGAGCUGAAAGUCAAACGUUUUAUCAUUUUUAAUGAUUGUGAUAAAUACACAAAGUGAUUCUGGCCAGCUCUUAUGAAAAAAAUAGUCAUUGAAAUAUUCUGUGGGGAAAUAAUUGAACUGCCCUCUGUUUUUAGAUUAAUCUAUCCAUUAAUGAAUGAAUUUCACAUUAAUUUCCUACUGGAUUACAGUGUUUAUAGAUACCCAAAGGAGGGAGCAGUAAUAUGGGUUUUUCCCCAUGUCCACUUUUCAGUAGUGUCUGUAUUUUGGAGAAAGAGUGAAAAAAAGCCUGUGUUUAUUUGUCCUUAUACUCAGGUGAUAUUAUAAUUUGAUGUUUGCUUAAAAUGUGUAUUUUUUUCUACAUGGCAAGAUGUGAUUAGCCAAACAGUCUUAUCUUUAUUAUCAAGUUACUUCCACUUCCACAUCAGCUUUCACACUGUGAAGAUUUAAAUUAAGCAAUCCAAACCUUUCCAUUAUUUGGACCAACAAAAUAAGGCAAGAACAACACAUCUUUAGAAGAUGCUUAUUAUGCACAUAAUUAUUAUAACAUCAAAAUGGAAGAAAUUAUGUGCAAUGUGCAGCAUUGUUUCAAAUGUUCAGAGAACACCAAAAUGAUUUUGAUUGCAGUUAGAUAAUGUUUAUAGACUUGUGAAAAUCAGUAGAACAGCCCUCAUUCACUGAAGAAGAUUAUGAAAUAUUUUUAAUGCUUUUUUUAUAUUUUUUUUACUUUGUAUAUGCAUUCUUUUUCUAUCCCCCAAAUAAAUGCUGGGGAUAAUUUAAUCUGUCGGUUAUUUCACUUCAUUAAACAUCCAAUGGAAAAUAGUUAAUAGGUAAUCUCAUUAUCCCAACUUGACGAACCACUUAAACAUACCGAUAGCACUGCUCUAGUUUUCUAUAUAUACUAUUUUUAAGAUCACACAUUCAUAAGGGUAGACUUUUUAUCACUGUGUAUCAGUUUUUUGAAUAAAAUUUGCAGAACUUUCUUUUUCAAAUGCUGUGAUUUGUAACUAUCUCUGGUAAUGAAUAAAUACUUUUCUUAUUGAA